ACCGAGCGACUUUCCUACGGCAGGCAUGCGAGUUCCAUUCUCCCUCGUGAACCGGUUAUGUCAGACGCGGCGCGCACGCACCUGUUGCCAGGUGAGGUGGCGGGAGCAGCGAAAGCGCGUGGGUCUGACCGACGUCGACGACGACACCGACCUUCUCCAGAUGCGCUGAAGUCCAACGUCCACUUCGCCUCUCAGGUCAGGCGGUCAGUUAGUGCUGCUUUGUGAAGUUUGACCGAAAUACAGUAGCCUAAUAGGCUAAUCCGCCCUUCCACCACUAUAGUGUUGAGGAUGAGAAACGAUUUACGAAUCUAAUCAGACAGCGUUUGCAGAAGCACAGCUGGUUAGCGGGUGACCUAUUUGCCGGUGAGGAGAGGAGCAGAGAGGAGAGGGCAGGUAUGGCCAACGAGACCCCCGAGGACACGCCCUUUGUAGGACAUGGCGCCUCAGAGGAGCCUGAGGUGAUUGACACAGGUGGACACAGGUCUGUCUGUCAGGUGAGUGAUACAGGUGGCUCAGGUGUUCUGUCUGUCACUGCGCCCCAAGUCCCGCCCACCAACUACAAGCAGCGGCUAGAGGAGUUCCGGAAGCUUUUCAAGGAGGGGGAGUCUAACGAGGCAGCGGAAUCUAACGAGAUCCUAAUUACAGAUUACAACUGUGCUCUCCAGAAGGACAUCCUCCUACAGGGAAGACUCUACCUUUCGGAGAAUCUACUGUGUUUCUAUAGUAACGUCUUCAGGGGAACUAAGAUCGUCCUGAAUUUGGGGGACGUCACUAUCGUCACUAAAGAGAAGACAGCACGCUUGAUCCCCAACGCCAUUCAGAUCUCUACCAGCAAUGAGAAGCUGUUCUUCACGUCAUUCGCUGCAAGGGAAAAAUCCUUCCUCAGCAUAUUCCGCAUGUGGCAAAAUGUCCUGUUGAAUAAGCCCCUGUCGCGGUGUGAGCUUUGGCAGAUGGUGAAACAGCACUAUGGAAAUGACCUGGGCCUGACACACGAAGACAUGGAACAGCUGCAGUUAUCACCUGAUGCCAGCACACCUGUACAGACCAGUAUGAGAUCUGAGGACUCCUCUUCUUCUCGUCUGGAGCGCCCCACCACCCUUCGUCUCCACCAGGGGGAGCCCUCCUCCAUCGAGGCCUCGACUCCUGUUGGGGACGACACGCAGUCAUCACUGGGCCAGCACAGCACGCUCUCUCCCAACGCUGAUGAGAGUCGUGGUACCCCCCUCUCUCAGCGUAGUGCGAUGGCGUUUCUGGAUCGGCAGAGUAGUGAGCGAUCGUCCAAACGCUCCAAUCUGGACCUCAACGCCAACGAGGACCGACUGUCCCAGCACAGCGGAUCAGAGACCACAGAGGAACCAGAGCCAGCAGGUGAGGAUCGUGACAGCGAUGCGCAGGUGCAUGGUCGUCUCUUUGUGAACCGUGUUUUCCACGUCAGCGCGGAGAAGAUGUUCGAGCUGCUCUUCACAGAUUCUCCCUUUACACAGCGAUUCAUGCGGAUACGCAAGAUCACAGGAGCGACUUCGAGUCCCUGGGAGCGCAAUGCCUCCGGCUGCAUGAAGAGAAGCCUAAACUACACCAUCACUAUCACCAAUCCUCUCGUAGGGAAGUUCUCUACCGCCACAGAACACCAGACGCUGUAUAAGGAUGGAGGUGAUGGUCAGUACCUGGUGGACGCGGAGGUCUACACGCAUGACGUCCCCUAUCAUGACUACUUCUAUACUGCCAACAGAUACUGCAUCAUACGCACCUCCAAAAGGAAAUGCAGACUUAGGAUCUAUACUGAUGUGCGUUAUAAGAAGCAGCCCUGGGGUCUGGUCAAGUCAUUCAUCACCAAGAACUCCUGGAGCGGCCUGGAGGAAUACUUCAGACGACUAGAGGCAGAGCUCCUGGAGGAGGAGGUGGAGCUGACUCAGGGAGCAGGGGAUGCUGGGAAGAUGGCCGCCAUGCGACGCCGGAGGAGAACGUACAGCAGAGGUCUUCAGGAUCACAUGAUGAUGAAGCCCAAUAACAACUAUGGAGCUGAUGCAGAACCACACAGAGAUGGCAGCAAUGGGCCGAUGGACAUGAAGGGGCCUCACCGCUGGAACAUCAACACCAUCGUAGCCGGGAUGAGCCUGAUUCUGCUAGUGCUGACGGUGUUGAAUCUGGGCCUGUUCUUCAAGCUGUGGGCCAUGGAGGAUGUGGCUCAUCGCAUGUACCUGAGCACCAAGCACCGCAUGAGGGAGAGAGCUGAGGCCAGUGUGGGUCCAGACCUGGGUCCUCGGCAGGCAACCGUCCACCGUGCACAUGAGGACAUGCACCUACUGCGCUCAGUACUGCAAGACUCUAUAAACUUACUGGAACAGCUGCGGACCUCUCUGGUGGUGUUGCAGAGGAACUUCCAGGUACACAACAGGACCAAUACUCACCUUUGACAUUUGACACCUCUACAACAGGACCACUACUCACCUUUCACCUUUGACACCUCUACAACAGGACCACUACUCACCUUUGACCUAUGACCCCUUUAUAACAGGACCUCUACUCACCUAUGACCUCCUCCCCAUCCCCAUGUUGACAUACGGUACUUCCCCUCCUCCUUUGAAAUGGUAUCAUCUGGAGCAGGAUACACAGCAAUGUUCUACACACUACACUACUACGACAGCAGGGCUACACUGCUAAGAUGCCCUAUCUGACAUCUCCCUUUUUUAGCCAUGACUCAAUGUCCUGUGAUCUGGCACCUGCAGCCCCUGCUAGCGUUCCCGUGGCGAUGUGUAUGA